CCGGAGCAGGUGGAGUCGUAUUUUUAGGUUGGAAUUUAAGUGUUUAGAGUCGGGUCGCCUGAUCGUCUAAUCGCAUCUAUGAUCUAGUGACGAGGAACGGUUGAUAAAAGGAAUCUAGACGACACAGCCUCGCGCUGGCCCAAACCCUAACAACCCAUCCUAAUCUUUUUCACACCACCCAUUCACUUGGCUCACGCUAAACGAGACCAAAAAAAACCACAAUGGACAACCAGACCCCGAUUCCUCCGAACGAAGCCAUGUUCCGAGCCCUCAUCUACUGGGGUGAAGAGAAUUCCGCCCAGAUCCGCGAAGCCCAUCUCUCCAAAGGCGGCUGGGAAGGCUGGAUGCAAGAAGAGAUGCGCUUCUUGUACAACGCCGGCCGCGAAGACAACUGCUACGAGAACAGCGAGAAGAUGGCCGCCGAUAUUGUCCUGUCGCCCGGGACAUCUGGCGAGGAUGUCUUUCCCAACGAGCCAUAUGUUGGGGAAGAGUGUGCAAUCAUCGAGCUAAAGUGCGAGAGCUAUCACAAUGCGCACAAGUUUAAGGGGGAGGUUAAGAAGGAUAUGAACAAGGUCAAUGGUGGAAUCUUCAAGACUCGUUUGUUUCAGGGAGGAUGCAAUAUCUAUUGCAUUGCGCUUGCAAUGACCAACGAGGGUGCUUGUGAUAUGGAAGAUUUGGGGUUGGAGUUGUAUGAAUUUGACGACGCGAAGGCCCCGUUUCAGAUCUGGUGGUCUGUGAGGAUGAUCGAUGCCGAUGAGUAUACCGAUGAGGAAGACGAGGAAAUCGACGAUUUUGAGGAUGACGACACUCUGAACGACGAUGAGAAUGAUGGAGCUAAUGACGGGACAUUUGGCUACCCAGGCAACAACAAUGGGUACAACUAUCAAUACGGUACAUACUAUUGAGGUAAAGUUGGUGAUGAGCCUUGCAAGGCCCUUUCAGUAUGUACAUACGUUCUGUUUCUUUUUCGUUUUUGAGAUAUUGAAACUACAGACUACUAUCAUCCUUAACCACAGCGAUUCUAUUUGAUAGAUCAAUAAUACCUCAAGCAG